AUGGGGGACUUUUCUUCCCUUUUGUUCCUUGUUGCGUCCAGGAACUUGUUCAAAGGUCCUAUACCAGUUGGCUUUUGCAGACUUGUUGAACUGAUUGUAUUAGACCUUUCAUGGAAUAGUCUUUCUGAUAAAAUACCUCAUUGUUUCAAUUUAUCAUCACUAAUUUAUUUAAGCCUUCACAAAAAUGAAUUGUCAGGACCUUUGCCAGGAGCUCUUUAUAGAUCAUCUUCCCUUGUGACAUUGGAUAUUGGGGAUAAUAAACUAUCAGGGGAAAUUCCAAGGUGGAUCAACCUACUCCCAAAUUUGAGGUUUCUUUUAUUAAAUAGAAACAAUUUUGUAGGUUCCAUUCCUUUUCAGCUAUGUCAGCUUCACAACAUCAGCAUACUGGAUCUUUCUUUCAAUAACAUUUCUGGUCUAAUACCUUCACGUUUGACUGAUAUACCAUUUGGUCGUAGAAAAGCACAUGAUCAAACCUUCAAAAAUUUCUCAGUGGAAAACAACAAUUUAUCAGGACGUGCACCAGAUAGGAAGGCUCAGUUUGCAACAUUUGAUGCUAGAAGCUAUGAAGGCAAUCCUUUUCUUUGUGGAUUACCUCUCCAGGAAAAUUGCGGAAGGAGCACAGGCGCAGUAUCAAAUCCGAAUCCAGGAGAUCCAGGAGAAACUGAUGAUCUGUUCAAAGAUUCAUUUUUUCAGACUUUUGUUCCAUCAUGCGUUGUAGCAUUCCUGGGAGUUGCUGCUUUUAUCUACUUCAACUCUACUUGCAGAAUGAUUUUUCAGUUUAUUGAAGCAAAACUCUUAUCUUCCAGAUAG